CGAGUUUCUCCUUCCUACAGAUCAAUCUAUUGCAUCAUCGCAUCUUUGACAUGGCGAUCUACACGUUGCUAACAUAUUCGUAAAUCCAUCCAAACAUACCGAAGUUGUAGGGCUUAUAGAUUGGCAAAAUACUGAGCUAUCCCCACUUUACUUCCAAGCCCGCCAACCUCAUAUUAUCGAUUAUAACGGUUCGCCUGUAUUUGGCUUAGAGCGACCUCAGCCACCAAAAGAUAUAGAACAGCUAGACGCAAAUGCGAGGAAACACGCACAGACUUUGUAUUUACAGAAAUCAUUGUGCUCCCUUUAGAACACUUUAACUCACCAUAAAAACCCACAAAUUUACGCUGCGCUUGAGUUCCAGCAAACAACGAGUUAUCUACUCCUACUCCUAGCACGCAAUCUCCUCAUCGAUUGCGAGGCAUCAUAUCUCUCACAAGUAGCCGGGUUAGAACCCAUAUGGGAUACACUUCCAGGAGCCAAAACUUCAGCUUAUCCGUCCUCCUUUUCAACAGAAGAGCGGCAAGUAAUGGAGGCUAAUGUCGAAGGAGUAAUGCGUGGUAUGGAGGCGAUGGAGUCAAUUAAAGAGAGUAUUGGCGAGUUAUUUCCUGAGCAAGGAAUAGUAAGACCAGACCGAUACGAAGAGGCUCUAGAUGCGUUAGAGCAAAUGAGGCACCAAGUCAUUAAAGAAUUUACAACAAGUGAGCAGAAAAAGAGAUAUGGUUGAAGGAAUGGCAUUUUGGAACUUGAGGAGUUUUCUUGUGAAGCUAGGAUAUAGUGAUGGUUAAAUAGUCGUUGCUUUCAAAAGUAAACAAGCUAGAUAAAUUCC